AGACAUUCAGAGACUCACUGGAUCACCAGGCCUUCGGUGAGGAAAUCACAGCACGUACCAGACCACAGCAGCGGCCAUGACGCACGCCUUCACUCUACUGCUGGGGAGUCCUGUACUGGUGGCGGUGGUUUUAAUCGCUGGAAUUGGAGGAACUUUCCAGUACGGAUUCAACAUCUCUGUCCUCACCUCACCAUCAGUUUAUAUUAAAGAGCUGGUGAACAGGACGUGUGUUGAGAGGUAUGGUCAGUCUCUGGAAGCCUGGGAGCUGUCCCUCAUCUGGUCCUUCACAGUCUCCAUGUACUGCAUCGGGGGGCUGUUUGGCUCUCUUGGGGCCGGACACCUCGCUGCUGCUUAUGGGAGGAAGAGAUGUCUUCUGCUGAACAACGUGGUGGCCAUCUGUGGAGCCGUGCUGAUGCUGCUGAGUAAAACUGCCCAGUCCUUCGAGAUGAUCAUGGCGGCGCGAUUCAUCUACGGCAUCAACGCAGGUGUGGCUCUGACUAUCCACACCAUGUAUGUGUUGGAGUGUACCCCCAAGAGGCUGCGGGGGAUGGUUGGGGUUUCGAUCGCUGGCUUCGUUUCUUUGGGCAAGUUUUUUGGUCAGCUGCUCGGCAUCAGUGAGGUAAUGGGGACAGAAGACCGCUGGCCCUUCUUACUGGCGUUCAGUGGGGUUGUUGGUUUUCUGCAGUUGGCCACUCUGCCCUUCCUCCCGGAGUCUCCUCGCUAUCUGCUGCUUGAGCGCGGGGACAGACAGGGCUGUGAGAAGGCACUGCAGCAGCUGCUGGGGCCGGGUGGAGGCCUGAGUGUGGAGGCGGAGGUGGAGGACAUGCAGGCGGAGCACUUGGCUCUUCGGGGGGUGAAGAGUCACAGUGUGUUGGAGCUGCUGACGUCUCGCUCCGUCCGCUGGCAGCUGCUCACCAUCAUCAUCACCUUCACCACCCUGCAACUGUGUGGCAUCAACGCUGUGUAUCUGUAUUCGUUCGAUGUUUUCCGGGCUGCUGGUAUUCCCGACUACAACUUGCGGUACGCAGCUCUAGGGACGGGACUGUGUGAAAUCUGCACCACCGUCGCCUGUGGAAUUAUGAUUGAGAGCUCAGGGAAAAGAGUGCUGUUGAUUAGGGGGUAUCUAGGUAUGGCUGCUGCACUACUCAUCCUGACCAUCACACUCUACCUGCAGACGUAUGUGUCGUGGAUGCCGUACUGCAGCAUGGUCCUCAUCUUCACCUUCAUCUUCUUCUUCUCCAGCGGGCCAGCCGGUGUGACAGCGCCCCUCCCUGGUGAGAUUUUUUCACAGUCCUAUAAGGGGGCGGGGUUUGUGGUGGCGUGUACGCUGAACUGGGCGGGGCUUUUCUUCGUGGGGAUGGUGUUUCCCCUUAUCGUGGAGCAUCUUGAGUAUUUUUGCUUCCUCAUCUUCUUCUUCUUCUGCUUCUGCUCGGGGGUGUUUGUGUGGUACGCCGUUCCAGAGACACGGAACCGGAGCGCCAUAGAGAUCAGCGCCGAGUUCGACCGAAUGCACAGCAAAGGAAAAACAGCCCCAGAGAGCAAAACCAACACUAUAUACUUAACCCACACUCAGACAGGACAGGCCACCAAACUGUGAUUUAGAUUACUUUAAGGGCGAUACCACAGCAACCACUAAACAAGACCAUAGCAGCCACCUUUCAGUACCAUAGAACCCAUCUAUCAACCACUAAGCAACACCAUAGCAACCCCCUGGAAUACCAAAGCAACCACUAAGCAAUACCAUAGCAACCCCCUGGAAAACCAAAGCAACCACUAAACAACACAAUAGAAACCACCUGGAAAACCAAAUUAAACACUAAGCAACACCAUAACAUUAACCUAGAAUAAUGCAGCAACCAUUAAGCAACACCAUAGCAACCACCUAAAAAACCAAAGCAACCACUAAGCAACACUAUAGCAACCACCUGGAAAACAAAAGCAACCACUUAGUAACACCAUAACAGACACGAUUCAGUACUAUAGAGCUUAUCCAUUGACUACUUAAUAACACAAUAACAUUAACCUGGAAUACCACAGCAACCACUAAGCAACACCAUAGCAACCACCUGGAAAAUGAAAGCAACCACUUAGGAACACCAUAACAGACACGAUUCAGUACUACUGAGCCUAUCCAUUAACUGCUUAGUAACACAAUAACAUUAACCUGGAAUACCACAGCAACCACUAAGCAACACCAUAGCAACCCCCUGGAAUUCCAAAUCAAUCACUAAGCAGCACCAAAGCAACCACCUGGAAAACCAAAGCAACCACUUUGCAACACCAAAGCAUAUGAUAGUGUCCACUGCUCUGUAGCAUCUACCUAGUAACUUUAUAUAGAUUAACUGACAACUACUAAAUACCUUUGUAGCAAACAUCUCCCAACACAAGAGCAAAGACCUAAAAUACCAUGGCAACCACAUAGCAACACCGUAACAACCUCUUAAUAAAAAACAUUUUACCCAAGAGACCACAAAGCAGCAGCCUAGCAACUGCCAUCAUUCUGUGAUUUCUUGAGGACAUACACUUUUCAAAUCUGUUUUCGCUGUUGAAUAAAAAUCCAUACGUAUAUUUUUA